AUGGCGUCGCAGUCUCCACUCUACAUCGGAUUCGACCUGUCAACCCAGCAGCUGAAGGGGCUGGUUGUCAACUCGGACUUGAAGGUCGUCUACAUCGCCAAAUUUGACUUUGAUGCCGAUUCGACCGGGUUCCCUAUCAAGAAGGGCGUUCUGACCAACGAGGCCGAGCAUGAAGUGUACGCUCCGGUCGCGCUGUGGCUGCAGGCUCUGGAUACCGUGUUGAACAGCUUGCGUCAGCAGGGUCUGGAUUUCAGCCGUGUCAAGGGUAUCAGUGGUGCGGGACAGCAGCACGGAAGUGUCUACUGGGGCGAAGAAGCGGAAGAUCUGCUGCAGAACCUCGACUCGGCCAAGUCGCUCGAAGAGCAGCUGGAGAAAGCGUUUUCCUACCCUUACAGUCCCAAUUGGCAGGACGCGAGCACUCAGAAGGAAUGUGACGAAUUUGACGAGGUUCUCGGCGGCCAGGAAGAGCUGGCUCAAGCCACAGGAAGCAAGGCACACCACAGAUUCACAGGUCCCCAAAUCCUCCGAUUCCAAAGAAAGUACCCAGAGGUGUAUCAGAAGACAGCCAGGAUCUCCCUUGUGUCCUCGUUCAUCGCCUCACUGUUCUUGGGCCAUGUUGCACCCUUUGAUAUCUCGGACGUGUGCGGUAUGAACCUAUGGAACAUUAAGAAGGGAGCCUACGAUGUCGAGGCACUCAAGCUUUGCGCCGGCAAUUUCAGCGUCGAGGACUUGAAGAAGAAGCUAGGAGAUGUGCCUGAAGAUGGCGGACUACACCUGGGUUCAGUCCACCCUUACUACAAGAAGCGUUACGGCUUCAGCUCGGACUGCACAGUAAUUCCGGCUACUGGUGACAACCCGGCGACCAUCCUCGCAUUGCCACUGCUGCCAUCUGAUGCUAUGGUGUCUCUGGGCACCUCCACGACCUUCCUCAUGUCCACACCUAGCUACAAACCCGACCCCGCGACCCACUUCUUCAACCACCCGACCACUGCCGGCCUUUAUAUGUUCAUGCUUUGCUAUAAAAAUGGCGGCUUGGCCCGUGAGCACGUCCGAGAUGCGAUCAACGAGAAUCUCAAGAAUACACCUGCACAGCCCUGGGCCAACUUUGAUAAGAUAGCUCUGCAGACUCCCCCGAUGGGCCAACAGAAUGCCACAGACCCCAUGAAGCUGGGUCUAUUCUUCCCGCGACCGGAGAUCGUGCCGAACCUCCGCUCGGGACAGUGGCGUUUCACCUAUGACCCAACCACUGGAGAGCUGAAAGAGACUACAGAGGGCUGGGCCACACCACACGAUGAAGCUCGUGCGAUCAUCGAGAGCCAGAUGCUUUCCCUGCGCCUCCGCUCACGCGGCCUAACGCAGAGCCCUGGAAACGGGCUUCCUGCCCAACCUCGACGAGUCUACCUUGUGGGAGGUGGAUCCAAAAAUGAAGCGAUCGCCAAGGUGGCUGGAGAAAUCCUCGGCGGUGUUGAAGGUGUUUACAAGCUCGACAUUGGUGACAAUGCCUGUGCUCUUGGAGCUGCAUACAAAGCAGUGUGGGGAAUGGAGCGAAAAGCUGGACAGACAUUUGAGGACCUGAUCGGGCAGCGAUGGCACGAAGAAGACUUCAUUGAGAAGAUUGCGGAUGGCUACCAAAAAGGUGUCUUUGAGCAAUACGGCAAGGCAGUGGAAGGCUUUGAGAAGAUGGAACAGUAUGUCUUGCAGCAAGAGGGCAAGUAA